AUUAAGCAUAGAUUAAAAAACCCUCGCCUUCCCUUCGUUUCUUCCUCGUCCAUCGGAAAUUCCAAACAGCCACUGUCGCAAAAUCCCAAACCAGCCGGAUUUUUCCGCCGAUUUUAACCUCAAAUUGAUUCCAAUCUCCUCCGUUCAUCUUACCCUUGAAUUCAUCCGAAGGAAGUAGAAGAAAAGGAAGUAAUCGUGCGAAAAAAAGAGCAAAAACAGCCCGGAGCUUGCACAUCGGAGGGAAACCCACACAGGCUUUAAUCGAAACUCGGAGCGGAAGCGGUGCAAUAAAUAUGCUGCGUUUACGAUGGAAUUUUCCCUUGCCAUUGAUGUGUAGCUGAUAUGGACACACAGCAGCAUUGUAAUUAGGAGAAGAUAUGGACAUCUAUGCUACCAAUCCUGGUCCAGUGGAUGAUUCUGUCCUGUAUGAUCAAGAUAAGCAUGUCUCAGCUGCAAUUUGGGAGGGUCAGGAGCGAGGUGCUCUCAGAUGCCAUGAGCAUACUUCUAAUUUGCAUAGGUGGGUUCUUACUGAUAAGCAAAUUGAGCUGGUAGAGAAGGCUGGUUUUGGUUUCUUGAGGUUAAUUCGUGCAAUUAGUUUGGACAAUCCACUUAUCUCUGCUCUAGUUGAGAGAUGGAGAAGAGAAACAAACACAUUCCAUUUCACCGUUGGAGAGAUGACGGUGACUCUUAAAGACGUUGCAUACUUGUUGGGGCUCUCUAUUGAUGGUGAACCAGUUAUUGGCGUUACAUACACAACAUGUGAUGCAGUAUGUGUGAAGUAUUUGGGAAGAAGACCUGAUUCAGGGCACACCAGUGGGGGGAUGGUGAAGCUUAGCUGGUUGAAGGAAAGCUUCUCUCAUUGUCCUGGGGAUGCCUCAACUGAAGAUGUUGAGCGCCAUACUCGUGCCUAUCUUCUUUAUCUUGUUGGUAGCACAAUAUUUUCAACCACAACUGGUAAUAAAGUACCUGUGAUGUACCUUCCUUUGUUUGAAGAUUUUGAGGAAGCAGGUAAAUAUGCAUGGGGUGCAGCUGCUCUGUCGUUUUUGUAUAGAGCACUUGGCAAUGCCUCACUUCAAUCACAGAGCACGAUUAGUGGAUGCUUAACCCUCCUACAGUGCUGGAGUUAUUAUCACCUUAAUGUUGGUCGGCCAAGUCUUAACCACGACCCAAUCCAUGAGCAUUUUCCUUUUGUUCUCCGAUGGAGUGGGAAGCAAAGCAGUCCAACGGUGAACCGUGAUGUAGUUUUCUAUCGCAAGGCGUUGGACUCUCUAAAGGAAAUUGAUGUUGAGUGGUGUCCUUACACAAAUCUUAGCAAUACUGUUAUUCCUCCAAAUAUUUUGAAUUGUCUCAUUCUUGGGCGAUCAAAGACAAUGCUGAUAUGUUUUGACAAGGCGGAAAGGCACCUUCCCGAUCGCUGCUUGAGACAGUUUGGCAUGAAGCAAAAUAUUCCGGAGGAUGUCCCAGAGUGGGAAAGGAAAGCCCGUGGAGUUGAUGGUGGCACGGAUCUCUCUUUGAAAAUGGAAUCAGAGCUCAAUGAAUGGUUGCAUCGUCGACUUCAUAUUGUUGAGGCCGAGGAAGAUGUUGAGGAAAGUGAAUACAUGCAGUGGUACUUGAAUAUAACUCGUAUUUUAGUUGGGAGGCCUAUACCUCUCUCAUCCGAGUUUCAGACGAUGAGCCCAACCCUAAGGGACAUUGCCUUUCUGGCCGAUUCUCUUUCAACACGUGGGAUGGAUGAUGAACAAAUUCAAGUUGUGGAAAGAAUUAGGUAUCUUGCACAUGAAUGCUUGAGGGACCAGGUUGCAAUUACAGUAGCCAGUAUGCAACCUGAAGUGGUAAAAAGAGGGAGAGGAAAGAACGUAAGAAGGAAGGGUGCGGAAAAAAGGAAACGAAAAGAAGUUGAGAAUCAUAGGUCACCUCGCUUGAAUUCUAAGGCCAAUCGUUCACACUCGUAUCAUCAUAAUACUGAAAAUGAGAUUCAUUCGGUGACAGAUGCCAUGCGUCGAGAGACAGAUGACGAUGUAUUGGCAUCCCCGGCAGAUCGUGAAGUUGAUGAUGAAGACUUUUGUGAGACUAAUGAAGUUGAUGACUCCCACUCUCGCCGCGUAGCUGAAGAGAAAGGUGGUCAUAUUGGUGAGCCGAAGCCUUCAGAGCGCCCAUGUACAGCUACCGAGGCAGUUCAACUGUCCUCUCUGGAAAAUAGUGAGGAUAUUGCGCGGCAGGUUGAGGCCAGUUAG